ACUAUAACAAUAACAUAAUAAAUAAAAUUUUAUAUAAACCGACCCCCCCCCGCCCCCCACCUCUUCGCCUUUUACCUCUUUGUUUCUCAAACUUUUUGUGUGUGUUGAAGUUCUUGUAAGUCCUAGAGUGAAAGAGGAAUAAAGCAUGAAGCGAUUGAGAGAUGAUGUUUAUGAUACCCCGCCUCCAUUUAAGCGGCCAUUUAGCUCUUCCCGUGGAAAAUUAAUUUUCAGAAUCUAUCUACUUCUCUAGCCAGAACGAAAUGGAUAUUGAACAAUCAGCAUGAGAAGAAGAGAAAGAAAGGUCAAUCCUCGAAGGCCUUCGCAAAACUGAGCUUUGCAUGGCGCGAUUGAGACCCGAUGUAUCUGGUAACGUGAGAUUUAAGCGGCCAACUACUUCGUCCAUUGGAGAAUCGUAUGGUCAAUCACAAGCUCCUGGAAGUGGUCUGGGUGGCGGAGGUGGUGGUGGCAGCAGUGCUGGCGGAGCUGGUGCUAAUAACCCAAAGCUGACGGCUGUUGAUGCAUUGUCGUAUUUAAAGGAAGUUAAAGGCACGUUUCAAAGCCAAAAGUAUAAGUAUAACAUAUUCCUUGAUGUUUUGAGAGACUUCAAGGCUAAAAGGAUUGAUACUGUUGGUGUCAUGGCAAGAGUGAAAUUCUUGUUUAAAGGGCAUCCUAGGUUGAUCCUUGGAUUCAACACUUUCUUGCCCAAUGGCUAUGAAAUAACCCUGAGGGAUGAAGAUGAGUCUCCGAAGAAAACAACUGAGUUUGAAGAAGCUAUCAGCUUUGUGAACAAAAUAAAGGCACGUUUCCAAAGUGAUGUUCAUGUGUACAAAUCCUUCCUAGACCUUUUGAACAUGUAUAGGAAGGAGCGCAAGGGAAUCAAUGAGGUGUACCAUGAGGUUGCUGUACUUUUCAAUGACCAUCCAGAUUUGCUAGAUGAGUUCUCUAGAUUCUUGCCAAGAACUUCAGGAACUGCCGAAAAUAGGGACAGAAGAACUCAUGAUGAGGAUUAUAAAGAACCUGAUAAUGAGAACAAAGGAGACCAAAGCAAGCAGCGUCAGACUGAUAAAAUGAAAUAUCUUCCGGAGGUUGAAGAUGUCCUGAAAUAUUCGUGUGGCAAAGGCUUCACUUUCUGUGAAAAGGUAAAGGAGCGAGUAGGUAGUCCAACUGAUUACCAGGAAUUCUUAAAAUGUUUCCAUAUUUAUAGCACAGGAGUAAUUUCAGGGAAUGAGUUACAAAGUUUGGUUGCUGAGUUACUUGUAAAAUAUCCUGAUCUUGUGGAGGGUUUCAAUGAACUUUUGGAGUGUUAUGAGCGAGUUGAAACAUAUAGCAAAGGGUUCGUUUUUUGUGAAGAGGUAAAGGGAAGACUGCAAAGUCCAGCUGAUUAUCAGACAUUCGUAAAAUGCCUCCGUAUUUACAGCAGAGAAAUAAUUACAAGGGAGCAGUUACAAAGUUUGGUUGCUCAUACACUUGGAAAAUAUCCUGAUCUUAUGGAGGGUUUCAAUAAAUUUAUAGAGCGUUAUGACCGAGCUGUUGGACAUCUUGUAAGUGUAAUGACUAAGUUGAAUGAUGGCCAUACUAAUCCCAAGUUAGUAAAGGAAGAAAAGAAAGACCAAGAGCAGACGUGUAGAACUGAGGUGGCUCCACAGAAAGUUACGUUUGAAGAAGCUGUCCGCUAUGUGGGGAAAGUAAAGGAACGUUUCCGAAACAAUGAUCAUGUGUACAUUUCCUUCUUAGACAUUUUGAAGAUGUACAGGGAGGAGCACAAGAACAACUAUGAAGUCUACCAUGAGGUUGCCGUGCUUUUCAAUGAUCACCCAGAUUUGCUUGAUGAGUUCACUAAUUUUUUGCCAGAUUCUUCAACUAAUUUCAAGCUUUGGAAAUCUAUUGAUGAGUUAACCAUCCUCUUUGGUUCCUUAUAAUAAUGCUAUUGCCUUGACUAGAGCUUGCUAGUGAGUUGUACUUUAUUUUCUUUGGAAGAUUGGUUUGUUGCUUGGAAUACUUUGUCCGAUUUUUAAUGAGUAGAGAUUUGGUAUUAUUAGACAAUAAAUAUUAGUACUAUUUGGUUUCUUGAAUGAUAUCAUCUUCCCUUCUAGCAAAUCAAGAAAAAAUUCAUUAAUCUUUUGUUUCUUA